GUGAAACAAAAUAAAAUAUGUCAAGUGGGCCAACAGUUACAAAAAAAAAAAAGCCACAUUGAAAAUUGAAAAAUGGUUACUGCACGACAGCUUCCUCAUUCAUCCUUGUUACAUCCUUUUUUAUUUCAAAUAAAUGAGCCUUCACCUGCCAAAGAGGAAGCAGUGCUUGGAAAAAAAGAUUGCAUGUUUCUCUCAACUGAUUUUAAAACAGUCCGCCUUUUCAUUAUGAAUGAAUUAUUAUAAUACUUUGUAUUUAUAUAGCACAUAGCACUGUAACAUACACACACUGGACAGACCAUGAGGUACACCUGCACAAUCUAACAUUCAAUACUGUAUAAAGAAUGUGCCUCUAAAAAGUGAGUAUUUUUGUAAAGAUCUUCAUUGUCGACGUGUUUGUUGGUAGUUGGGGAGUGGAACUGUUUGCCAGUCAGAUUUGGUUUAAAAAAACCACCAAAAAAAAAACAUCUCUUCCCGCUCACAACUGCAUGUGUGCAGCAACUUCCUUAUUCAGUGUUUUGCAGCUUGAGAGAGCACAUCUGAUACAAGCGAAACAGGUGAAUACAAAAAAGUUGCACAAAGUAGAUCGUACCUUCUGUAGUAGCCAGCUGGACCUUGGCUGGGGUGGGGGGGCCACAAAGCAGGCCACGUAUUGCUCAUACAGCCAAAAUGCUCCGACAGUCUCUCAGCAUUCUGAAGCAGCUUGGAUCUUCUGCAAAGUGGAGCAGCGGGUGGAACCAGCCAAGAGAGCAGCUCAGGUGCUCCAUAAGAAGUUGCAAGGCUGUAUGCAGAGUCAGACGGGAUUGGAUACUGAAAAACGGAUGAAGAAGCUUCCUCUGAUGCUGCUGUCAAUCAGCAUGGCGGAAAGCUUCAAAGACUUUGACGCCGAGUCUCCCAUCAGAAGGGUGCUGGAGAUGUGUUGCUUCAUGGAGAAGAUGCUGGCCAGCCUGCUAGCAGAUUAUGAGAUGAAAGUGGAGAAGGAAGUCUUGGAGCCAUUGAAUAAACUUAGUGAGGAUGAAUUACCAGAGAUCCUCAAAAACAAAAAGCACUUUGCAAAGCUCAACACAGACUGGAAUAAUGCACGACUCAGGUUGAGCCAGGCCAGCAACGCUCCACAAGCAAAGCAGGACGGGCUCAAGGAGGAAGAAGAGGAAGCUUGGAGGAAGUUGGAGACCAUCAAGAAUCAGUAUUCCGCAGACCUGUAUCACUUUGCAACCAAAGAAGAUGAUUACGCCAGCUACUUCAUUCGCCUUUUGGAGCUGCAAGCAGAAUACCACAAAAAGUCGCAUGACUUCCUGGAUAGAAAUAUAAAUGAACUCAAGGAGAAUUGCAGCCAAAAAGGGCCGCCAGCGAACCUCUUUGGACAGAAGGUUUUUGGGGAGCCUCUGGCCUCUCAUCUGCAUGAAAGCAACAGAGACAUCGCUGCCCCCAUCCAAGAGUGUGUUCACAUGCUGCUCAGAACAGGAAUGAGAGAGGAGGGUCUUUUUCGUCUAGCGGCUGCAGCCUCGGUGGUGAAGAGGCUAAAGACUUGUUUGGAUCACGGGAAGGUUGACCAUAGCGAGUUCAGCAUGGAUCCUCAUGCUGUGGCCGGAGCUCUGAAGUGUUACCUGCGAGAACUUCCUGAACCUCUAAUGACCUCUGAACUCUACAACGACUGGUUUAAAGCAGCAGGUGAAAAAGACAUUAGUGACAAGCUGGAGCAGUUCAGAGCUUUGCUGAAGAAACUGCCGCCGGAAAACUACAACAACCUCAGGUACCUGGUCCAGUUCUUGUCCCUGCUGUCCCAGCAGCAGUCUGCCAACAAGAUGACUCCCAGUAACAUCGCCAUCGUCCUGGGGCCCAACCUGCUCUGGCCGCAAGCUGAGGGGGAGGUCCCUCUGCUUGACAUGGCUUCCGCCUCCUCAGUCCAGGUGGUAACCGUUAUCGAGCCUCUUAUUCAAUACAGCGCCACUCUCUUCCCUGAAGGGCUGUCCUUUGAGGUCCCAGAGCUUCCCGAGGUCCAAGUUGAUCCUCUAGUCCAGUCCUCAGUCUCAGAAUGGGCGCCAAUGAGCAGAACAGCCUCCUCUUCCUCCACAGCCUCGUCUUGCUCUCACCACCUCCCUCUCUCCAAGACAAACAGCACAUCCUCUCAGGAUGGUGUCUCCUCGAUGAAGGCUGUUUCUGCGAGGCGGUCAGCAUGGGCAUCCGAAGCAGCGGCGGCAGCGAUGCAAAAAGAAGCACCCAUGCCAGAACCCACCUUGUUAUCAAACCAGAACCCAACGCAGCAUCCCCGAACUGCGGGAUCCAACCAAGGACAGAGCAAAGACCACGCCCAGAGACGGUGCUUGGACCAGUUUGAGACCAUUUCGGAGGCCCCUCUUACCUUGCCUACAGCAGCUGUGAGGAUCACACCAAACAAACCAAAGAGAUGCGCCAGUGUGAGAAAAGCCAACGAGCCGAUGGCGGCGGCGGCGGCUUUCUCCAGCAAGCCCAAAGCACCGGUGCCGCCCAAGCCACGGGCCCCUGUGGCGCCCACGGCGACCCAGAGUGGGACCCAGGGGAUGACUCCUCCAGUUCAACCGGGCGGCCUCAAAAGGCCACCAUUUAAAAAGUCUGGCCCUAAAGCCCCAAACUGCCCUCCACCGCUUCCCCCCGCAUUACAGUCGACAAAGGCCCAGUAAGAUGAGAUGUACAGGGAAGAACUUGACCCAAACACCUGCACCUCACCUCUGACCUCACAAAUGUUCCCGAUGAAUGGACACAGAGGAGUUCCAUUUCAGGAAGGUGUCAUGGCAGGUGUCCCAAUACUUUUGUCCACAGUGUAUUUGAGUAUUGUUUGAGUUCAUUAUACUUGAUUAAUGUAUUCAUUGACAUGAAGGUUGGGAUUUCAAAAUAAAGUCCUUUGCAAAGUCUGAACAUCCAUAUUUAUUUUGGCUCCACGUCCAAAACUUCCAAAUCUCUCCACCACGUUCAGAUAAAAGCAUCUUUAUUUCCAAUUCAUAACAUCAUAGCGUAUCAUUUACACAAGUAUCUCAAUAAAUUCAAAUGUCUUCAAAAACGUAUUCAGUAGUUCGGUUCAAAAAGUGAAACUGUGGUGUUCUUAAAUCCUACAUUGGGUGAAGUAUUUCAAGAAUAUUUCUUAAUAGCGUAUAAAAAAUAUGGAAACCCGUCUCCGCCACUGAAAGAAAAAACAAUAUCCCAAUGGUAAGUCAUAAUUAUGAGAUAAAAAGUUCAAAUGAUGUGAUAGAAAGUCAUAAUUAUGACAUUAAAAAGUCAAAACGAUGAGACAAAAGUCAUAAUUAUGAGACAAAGUCAUAGUUACGAGAUUAAAAAGUCAAAAUUACGAGAUAAAAAGCCAUAAUUAUGAGAUGGGGAAGUCAUCAUAUUGAGAUGAAAAGUCAAAAUUGUGAGAUAGAGUUAAAAUUAUGAGAUAAAGUUAAAAUUAUGAGAUAAAAGGUUGAAAUUAUGAGAUAAAAAGUCAUAAUUAUGACAUAUUUUAUCUCAAUUGCGACGUUUUAUCUCAUAAUUUUGAAUUUUCUAUCUCAUAAUUGUCUUUCCGAUCUCGUAAUAUGACUAUUUCAUCAUUAGGAUGUUUUAUCUCAUCAUUUUGAACUUUCUCUCUCAUAAUUCCCACGUUUCAUCUCAUAAUUAUGACUUUAUUUCAUAAUUUUGACUCUCACGAUUACAACUUAGCAUUGGGAUAUAUUUUUUUCUUUCAGCGGCAGAAACGGGCUUCCAUAUAAAAACCCCAAAUUCAAAUUCAUUAUCUUGUAAAAUGUGAAAUGUGGUCAAAAAGUACUGGGAAUCAACUACAAAAACUUGCUGAGCCUUGAAUUGGUCUCUUCGUCUGAACUGAGCUCCUGAAAUCAUCUAACCUUUGCACCAUAUUUUCAUUUAUUGAGAUGCACAUGUAAAUUGACACUUGGACGGAAGGUGCGAUAGCAAGUACAUAUUUAUGGGGAGGGGGUCAGCUGAUAUUUUCACGUACAUUUGUAUAGGAAGGAAAUAACGUACUGAUUAUGAUUGUGAAAAAUAACAUAUAGGAGUCAGAAUUCGUCUUCAGAAAAGGUGCACAGAGUAUUUAUAUAAAAUGUCUGCAGCAUUAAAGGAAGGAUUACAUAGUUGAGCCUUUAGUGGAUAACACCACAUACUAGUGUUAUCGGUCAUAUCAUAUGAUAGGAUUACCGUAUCAACCAUAUUAUCCGUGGGCGUUAAAAGAGAUGGCAAAAUUGCACCAAAAGCCUGGAAUAGGAGUGACUUUAAAUGCCCCCAACCUUGUGAAUUUAGGCCUGAGACACAUUGGUACACAGUGCACCGGCCUCCAUAAACCUACACCUUGCUAUCUGUAUUCUCCUUGAGAGGAAACUCGUAAACACUGCGAUAUUCUCUUCUAAUACAGGAAGUGUGAAGUGAACGGCAGCACUUCUCCUUUGAGUAACAUUAUUGUUUCCUCUCUUGCUUAAUCCUCAGCAGAAGUGUUCUUGCAGCAUCAGUGAAUAGAGUGGAACCUGUGUAUUGACGCCCCUCAGACUGACUUCAUCAUAAGCAGCUGUUAACGUGGCUGAAAUCAAAAUGGAAACGAACCACAGCUUGCACAUUUACUUGACAUGCUUUUCCUCCAUUUACGCAUAUGUUCAUUUAGAGUCUUUUCUUUUCAUAUGAUGCUGUAGCGACGGGAGUAUUGUGUUUGGUUCUGAGGUGUGAUCUAGUGAUUGGGCUGUAGGGGGCAGUGGCGUUUGCCUGCCAGUUAGAACCAGUCCAAGGGAAAAGAAGUUUGUCAUAUUUUAUCUGUAAAAGUGUCAUACACUCUGUUAUAUGUGCUUGUGUCCCUUUUGUCAGGAGCAAAUGGCGGGCCGGAAUGAAACGGUUGGCGGGCCGGUUGUGGCCCCCGGGCCGUGGUUUGCUCACCCCUGCUUUAAGGUGUACAGUGCUGUUUUGUAAACGCCAAUAAAAGGCUGAUUUGUGCC